GCGGGCUGAUUUAGAACCACACUUCCCGUCGGGCCUUGCGGUGGCGGCCUGGCUCGGCAGCUUGCUGCGGCGUGGAGGAGUUUCGGGAGGCGGCGGCAUGGCGGAACGGAAAGGGACAGCAAAAGUAGACUUUCUGAAGAAAAUUGAAAAAGAAAUCCAGUGCAAGUGGGAUGAUGAACGAGUGUUUGAGUUCAAUGUAUCUGAUUUGGGGAGCCAGAGAAGCAAAGGGAAGUACUUUGUCAGCUUUCCAUACCCAUAUAUGAAUGGUCGCCUUCAUCUAGGACACACGUUUUCCUUAUCUAAAUGUGAGUUUGCAGUUGGAUAUCAGAGACUAAAAGGAAAGAAUUGCCUGUUCCCCUUUGGUUUGCAUUGCACUGGCAUGCCCAUUAAGGCCUGUGCAGACAAGCUGAAAAGGGAAAUGGAACUGUAUGGCUGCCCUCCUGAGUUUCCUGAUGAAGAGGAGGAAGAGGAAGAAGCUUCUGUUAAGAAAGAGGAGGAAGUAGUCAUUAAAGACAAGGCAAAAGGCAAAAAGAGUAAAGCUGCAGCCAAGACUGGCUCUUCUAAAUACCAGUGGGGAAUUAUGAAGUCUUUGGGUCUCUCUGAUGAAGAAGUAGUGCAUUUUUCUGAGGCUCAGCAUUGGCUUGAUUACUUCCCACCUCUUGCUAUCCAGGACCUGAAGAGUAUGGGGUUGAAGGUGGAUUGGAGACGUUCUUUCAUUACUACUGAUAUUAACCCUUAUUAUGACUCAUUUGUACGAUGGCAAUAUUUAAAGCUGAAGGAAAGAAAUAAAAUCAAGUUUGGGAAGCGAUACACAAUUUAUUCUCCAAAAGAUGGACAGCCUUGCAUGGAUCAUGACAGACAAACUGGGGAGGGUGUUGGACCUCAAGAAUACACCCUAAUAAAAAUGAAAGUGCUAGAACCUUACCCUGUGAAGCUUAGUGGCCUUAAAGGAAAAAAUAUCUUCUUGGUGGCUGCAACUCUCAGACCAGAGACCAUGUUUGGACAGACCAACUGUUGGGUUCGUCCAGAUAUGAAGUACAUCGGCUUUGAGACUGUGAACGGGGAUAUUUUCAUCUGCACCCAAAGAGCUGCGAGGAACAUGUCUUACCAGGGCUUUACAAAAGAUAAUGGAGUGGUACCUGUUGUCAAGGAGCUCAUGGGAGAGGAAUUUCUUGGAGCUGCACUUUCUGCCCCUUUAACUUCCUACAAAGUUAUCUAUGCUCUUCCUAUGCUCACCAUUAAAGAAGAUAAAGGUACUGGAGUGGUCACAAGUGUCCCCUCUGAUGCUCCUGAUGAUAUUGCAGCCUUGAGGGAUUUGAAGAAAAAACAGGCCCUAAGGGGGAAGUAUGGCAUUAAAGAUGAAAUGGUUUUGCCAUUUGAGCCGGUGCCUAUCAUCGAAAUCCCAGGCUAUGGCAGUCUUUCUGCUCCAUUGGUCUGUGAUGAACUGAAAAUCCAGAGCCAGAAUGACAGAGAGAAACUUACUGAGGCCAAGGAAAGAGUGUACCUGAAAGGAUUUUAUGAGGGAAUAAUGUUGGUGGAUGGGUUCAAGGGACGAAAAGUUCAAGAUGUCAAGAAAGUUAUUCAGAAGAUGAUGGUGGACAAUGGUGAAGCAAUGGUUUAUAUGGAACCUGAGAAACAAGUUAUAUCUAGAUCUGCAGAUGAAUGUGUGGUUGCUCUUUGUGACCAGUGGUAUCUCGAUUAUGGUGAAGUAAACUGGAAGAAGCAGGCAUCUGAGUGUUUGACAAAUCUAGAGACAUACUGUGAAGAAACAAGAAGGAAUUUUGAAGCUACUUUGGCUUGGUUGCAGGAACAUGCUUGCUCAAGGACAUACGGCUUAGGUUCUCGUUUGCCUUGGGAUGAGCACUGGCUCAUAGAAUCUCUCUCUGACUCUACUAUCUACAUGGCCUAUUACACAGUAGCUCACCUGUUGCAAGGAGGGGACUUGCGUGGACAAGGAGAAUCUCAGCUGGGCAUCAGGCCUCAUCAGAUGUCCAAAGAAGUCUGGGAUUACAUCUUCUUCAGCAAAGCUCCAUUUCCCAAGACAGACAUUCCAAAGGAAAAGUUGGACAAGCUCAAGGAUGAGUUUGAAUUUUGGUACCCUGUGGAUCUGCGAGCGUCUGGCAAGGAUCUUGUUCCAAAUCAUCUGUCAUACUACCUCUAUAACCACGUAGCCAUGUGGCCAGAUGAAAGAGACAAGUGGCCUGUAGCUGUGAGAGCAAAUGGACAUCUCCUCCUGAAUUCUGAGAAGAUGUCUAAAUCUACAGGCAACUUCCUCACCCUGAAUCAAGCUGUGGACAAGUUUUCUGCAGAUGGCAUGCGUCUGGCACUGGCUGAUGCUGGAGACACUGUUGAAGAUGCCAACUUUGUAGAAGCCAUGGCAGAUGCUGGUAUUCUCCGUCUUUACACCUGGGUAGAAUGGGUGAAGGAAAUGCUGGCAAACAAGGACAGUUUAAGAAAUGGACCUGCCAACACCUUCAAUGACAGAGUCUUUGCCAGUGAAAUGAAUGCAGGCAUACUGAAGACAGAUCAAAAUUAUGAGAAAUUGAUGUUUAAGGAAGCUCUGAAAACUGGCUUCUUUGAAUUCCAGGCAGCAAAAGAUAAGUACCGGGAACUAGCAAUAGAAGGAAUGCAUAAGGACUUGGUAUUUCAGUUCAUUGAAGUUCAGACACUGCUGUUGGCUCCCAUUUGCCCCCACUUAUGUGAGCACAUCUGGUCACUGCUGGGAAAGCCUGACUCCAUCAUGAAAGCUUCAUGGCCAGUAGCUGGUCCUGUGGAUGAUAUCUUAAUCCGCUCUUCCCAAUACCUCAUGGAAGCAGCUCACGAUCUCCGUCUCCGUCUCAAGAACUACAUGACACCAGCUAAAGGAAAGAAGGGUAGCAAGGAAGCACCCCAGAAACCUUCUCAUUGCACCAUCUAUGUAGCAAAGAACUACCCACCCUGGCAACACAACACCUUGUCAGUCCUGCGCAAACACUACCAGGUCAAUGGAGGACAGUUGCCAGAUAACAAAGUAAUUGCCAUGGAGUUGAACACCUUGCCAGAGCUGAAGAAAUAUAUGAAGAAGGUUAUGCCUUUUGUUGCCAUGAUUAAGGAGAAUCUGGAGAAGAAGGGGCCACAGGUCCUUGACCUGGAGCUGGAAUUUGAUGAACGGGCAGUGCUCAUGGAGAAUAUUGUCUAUUUGACAAAUUCCCUAGAGCUGGAUCACAUUGAAGUGAAGUUUGCUUCUGAGGCAGAAGAUAAAAUAAAAGAAGAUUGCUGUCCUGGAAAACCAUUUUCCACAUUCAGAAUGGAACCCAGUGUAUCUGUAUUUUUGGUGAACCCCCAGCCAUCAAAUGGCCACUUCUCUACAAAAAUCGAGGUCAGGCAAGGAGAUAGCAGAGAUGCAAUAAUUAGGCGCUUAAUGAAGAUGGACAGAGGAAUCAAAGAUCACUCCAAAGUGAAGCUCAUGCGAUUUGAUGAUCCUGUACUGGGCCCCCGUCGUGUUCCCGUCCUUGGAAAGGAAGAUGCAGAGAAAACUCUGAUUUUAGAGCAAGCUGUCUUCAAUGUUGACCUGGCUGAGAAACGUAUUUACAUCACUGAGAACGGCCUGACAAAGGAUAUUGGUGACACAGUUGUCUAUUUAGUACAUUAAAUUGUGGACAGCACUGACUUGAUCCCUGGUUAAUGACAUUUUUAACCUUACAGAAUGGCUUCAUCCAUAACGGACCAAGACAAGUGUCGCUUCUUAAAAGAUAUCUACUUUUGCAUGUAGGCUUGCCCCAUAUUCUUUUAAACUUGUGUAUAAUAAACAUAUUUUCUUCCCGC